CGCUCAGUACGGAAUAGCGCAGACUCUGAUCCCAGCGCGAGCUCACCUACAGGAAGCGGGAGAGAACUCACUGCUAUCUUGACCCCUCUCACCUUUAAGCUGUACUGGGCUUCUCGGGGCCUGGUAAUCGAGCUGGUGCUCAGAAGAGCUACAUGUGCACUGAUGAAUAUAUUCUGAUAAGGCCUGGUAUAGCCCAUAUAAAAUAUUAAUCAUCAGCCUCCCUGUCAAAGGAGCGCCCACUUCCUCUGAACCAGUUCAACCUUCUCCUCAUGACUCCUUCUGGAAAUGAGAAAUAUUCACCAGGCAUCUGCUCUUUUGGAAGAGCACAGAAUGAAGUCCCAGGGGUUAGUGUCAUUCAAGGAUGUGGCUGUGGAUUUUACCCAGGAGGAGUGGCAGCAGUUAGACCCUGCUCAGAGGACCCUGUACAAGGAUGUGAUGCUGGAGAACUACAGUCACCUGGUCUCAAUGGGGUAUCCAGUUUCCAAACCAGAUGUCAUCUCCAAGUUGGAACAAGGAAAAGAUCCGUGUGUCAUAAAGAGAGAUGUACCAAACUGGACCUACCUGGGUGAAAAUCACAGAGAAAGGAGGAAUAACCUUCAUAACUCCCAAUCAUGUAUUUUGGGAGCUGUUUCAUUAUAUAAUCAGAUACUAAAAGGAGUAACAAAGGACAGUUCAUUUUACCCCAUUUUAAAAGUCUUUCAUGGUGAUGGAAAGCUGCAGACAUCUCAGGAAAAUCAAGACAAACUUUUCAGCCAAGUUACAUUUGUCAGUAGCAAAACAGUAUUUGAAGCAUCAAGUCAUAAAUAUAAUGCAUUGGGGAAAAUAUUGCAAGAGUACAUAAAGCUAGAUAUGCCAAAAGAAAGACUUCAUAAAUAUGAUCCAUUCAAAAAGAAUAUAAGACCAAGUAUUGACCUACCUAGUUGUAGUACAAGCAAUUCAAGAAAAAACUUAGAUGAGAGUUUUGAUGCUGCAAAAUCAUCUACCCACGAUGUAUCUAAUUCUAAUCUUGAGAAAUUACACAAUGGAGUAACACCCUAUAAUGAUAAUCUAUGUGAAAAGACUUUCCUCAGUAAACAAUCUCUUAUUCAAUAUCAGAAUGUUGAAACGAAGGAGAAAACUUGUGUCUGUAUUACAUGUGGAAAAGCUUUUGCUAAGAAGUCACAGCUCAUUGUACAUCAAAGAAUUCAUACUGGAAAGAAACCGUAUGAUUGUGCUGCAUGUGGAAAAGCCUUCAGUGAGAAGUUUCAUCUCAUUGUACAUCAGAGAACUCACACUGGGGAAAAACCUUAUGAUUGUGCUGUAUGUGGAAAAGCAUUCUCUCAGAAAUCGUCUCUCAUUAUACAUCAGAGAGUUCACACUGGAGAAAAACCAUAUGAAUGCAGUGAGUGCGGGAAAGCCUUCUCCCAGAAAUCACCCCUCAUUAUACAUCAGAGAAUUCACACUGGAGAGAAACCUUAUGCAUGCAGAGAAUGUGGAAAGGCCUUCUCCCAGAAGUCGCAACUCAUUAUACAUCACAGAGCUCACACUGGAGAGAAGCCGUACCAGUGCACUGAAUGUGGAAAGGCCUUUUGUGAGAAGUCCCACCUGAUUAUACAUAAAAGAAUUCACACUGGUGAAAAACCCUAUAAAUGUGCUCAGUGUGAGGAAGCCUUCAGCAGAAAGACAGAACUCAGUACUCAUCAGUUAAUUCAUACUGGGGAGAAACCCUAUAAAUGCCCUGAUUGUGGGAAAACCUUCUCCCGUAAGUCACAGCUCAUCAUACAUCACAGAACACACACUGGAGAGAAGCCCUAUCAAUGCAGUGAAUGUGGCAAAGCCUUCUGUCAGAAAUCACAUCUCACUGGGCAUCAGAGAAUUCACACUGGAGAAAAACCGUAUGUAUGCACUGAAUGUGGGAAAGCCUUCUCUCAGAAGUCUCAUCUCCCAGGACAUCAGCGGAUUCACACAGGAGAGAAACCUUAUAUAUGUGCUGAAUGUGGGAAAGCCUUUUCUCAGAAAUCAGACUUGGUUUUACACCAGAGAAUUCACACUGGGGAAAGGCCCUACCGAUGUGCUGUAUGUGGGAAAACCUUCAUUCAGAAGUCACAGCUCACUGUGCACCAGAGAAUUCACACAGUGAUGAAAUCAUACUGAACUGACCACAGGAAAACCUUCAGAACUAGAUCAGGCCUUAAUAAUUACUAGAAACUUGAUAAGCAUGGGGAUAACAUCUUUAUAAAGUUGUACAAGGUAAAUAAUGUUUCUGGAGUGGUGAUACCUGACUUUUCCAGCUAAGAUGGUAGAAAAGAACUAUGUAAGUAGACUUUUUAAUUUUUUUUUUUUUUGAGACAGGGUCUCACUGUGAAGUUCAGGCAGGCCUU